AGUGAGGGCUAGGGUUUAUAUAAAAGCGUUUAUAUAAUUGGGCAUAUACAAAAUCCAAUAGAAGUGAGAGGGUUUAUAUAAAAGUGUUUAUAUAAAAUACGAAUUGUCUUACAGGGUGAUCAGCCGCAGGCAAAGAACAACAGCAACAAUGGUGAUGGAAGUCGUUGAGGUCGAUGCUGCAGCCGCCGGAAUCCCAAAGAAGAGAACUUUUAAGAAGUUCAGUUACAGAGGUGUUGAUUUGGAUGCUCUCCUUGACAUGUCCGCUGCUGAUGUCGUCAAGCUCUUCACCGCUCGUCCUCGUAGAAGGUUCCAAAGAGGUCUCACCAGAUUGCCCAUGUCUUUAAUCAAACGGCUUCGCAAAGCGAAAAGGGAGGCACCACCUGGUGAGAAGCCAGAACCUGUUAGGACCCAUCUUCGCAACAUGAUUAUUGUUCCUGAGAUGAUUGGGAGCAUAGUUGGAGUGUACAAUGGGAAGACAUUUAACCAGGUUGAAAUCAAACCUGAGAUGAUUGGGCAUUACCUUGCUGAGUUCUCAAUUUCAUACAAGCCAGUUAAGCAUGGUAGACCCGGUAUUGGUGCUACUCACUCCUCCAGGUUCAUUCCUCUCAAGUGAAUUGCCCUUUGUAGGAGGCCACAGCUUAUUUUGAAGGAAAAACCCAAGAUGAUUAUGUUUCUUAUGUUUAGUGCAUUUUAAUUUGAUUGCUUGGUAAUGACUUAUUUAUAACUUUUCAGCAGUGUCGUUUGGUUUGUUUUGGUCUCUAAACUUUAUCGUGCAAGACACACGCACAAAGUUUUAUCGUAGGUUAUUGAAAUUGACAUUUUAAGUUUUAAAUUGUUGAAAUGUGGCUGAUGUUUAGUCUUUUGAAAAUUUACAUAAGCUUUGGUUUUAUUGUUAUAA